AUGGCGUUUCCUGGAAUGUACGGUGCGCCGGGCGCAGGCGGUGCAGGCGCAGGUGGUGCUGCCAACGGAAUGAGCGAGGAAGAACUGAUAUGGGUCAAGAGAUUCCAACGCGGGUCUGAGAGCUGCGUGGCCAAGUCGAUCAUUUCGGGUGCAAUGGGUGGCGCAUUAGGAGGAGCGUUUGGUCUUUUCAUGUCAAGUAUGGCCUACGAUACUCCCCUUUCACCACAAGGACAGCAAAUCACGUCGCUACCCGUGCGAGAACAGCUGAAGCGCGGCUUGAAGGACAUGGGCGCAAAGUCCUGGUCGUCGGCCAAGAACUUUGCCCUUAUUGGCGGCAUCUACUCGGGUGUCGAGUGCGGCAUCGAGAGCUUCAGGGCAAAGUCGGACCUGCAGAACUCGGCCAUGGCAGGCUGCAUUACUGGCGCAGGGCUGGCGUACAAGGCCGGUCCGCAGGCGGCGCUGUUCGGGUGUGCGGGCUUCGCGGCCUUUUCGACCGCAAUCGAUGCCUGGAUGCGCAUGCCUGAAAGCGAUUAG